AUGGCUGCCAACCGCCGCUUCUCGCAUCUGCUCGACGGCGUGGGAGCAAUCUUCGCUCCCAAGUCGAGAGACCAUUCCCGCUCCUACGAUCCCGACGCAUACCGCCAGCGCGCUUCUCGCCGCCCGCGCCGCAACACGUACGACUACGAUUCGCGCAGCGCGCAUGCUCCCGACUUGGACCACCUGCGCCAGGCACGAGCCGAGUACUACGCCCGCCCACCAGACCAGCGCCAAACCCGCCAUCCUUCGGCCCCAGCCGCCGCGCCGGCCUCUUACGCGCCUCCUACCAUGGUCUCAGGCACCGAGCCCAGGCUGAUGCGCGCCGCCAGCACUCGCAAGAGCGUCAAGAGUAAGCGGGACGAACGCCGGCCUAGCAGGAAAGAGCGCGAGGACCGGGAUAGCGGCGUCUACGUCUACAGCACCCCUCGGAGCGGUGGCAGCAGAAGUCGGCGGGAAGAGGAUUUGGCAUCACGCGCAGGUGGUCACAGGCGGGUUGUUUCGUCACCUGCUGCAAACGUGAUCGAUGUCGAGGUCGAAAGAGAGGCGCCCGAGCCUUCGACGCCGGAAAAGAAGUACGACUGCAUGGUCUGCAUGGACGAGGUCCGCGCGUCUCGCUGUCCAAGACUCGGAUGUGGCCAUCGCAUGUGCCAUACUUGUCUGAAACGCCAAUUCGAGCUCUCCGUCAGAGAUCCUCAGCAUAUGCCCCCGAGAUGUUGUACAACUGAGCAUAUUCCCCUCAAAUAUGUCGAGCGACUCUUUGAUACCAAGUUCAAGGUUCUGUGGAACAAGAAGUACCAGGAAUAUACUGCAAAAAACCGGAUAUAUUGCCCAACCCGUGGAUGUGGAGAGUGGAUCAAGCCGUCGCACAUCCGCCUGGACCCCACCGUCGGCCGCAAGUACGGCAAAUGCCCGCGCUGUCGCGGUAAAGUCUGCGUAAAAUGCAACGGACGCUGGCACUUUCGCAAAGAGUGCCCCAAGGACGACGAAGCGGCGCGCGCCUUCGCCGAGAUGGCCAAAGAGUCCGGGUGGCAGCGUUGCUACAACUGCAAGGCCAUGGUCGAGCUGAAGGAAGGCUGCAACCACAUGACAUGCCGCUGCACCGCCCAGUUCUGCAUGCUGUGCGGCUCCAAGUGGAAAACGUGCGAGUGCCCGUGGUUCAACUACGCCCACCUGGACGACGACGACCGCCUGCAGAACAUGCGCGUGCCCGAGCCGUACGUCGUCGUCGAGCACGACGCCGCCGGCGCCGCACCGCCACCUCCACGUCCUCCGCCCAACGCCCGACCGGACCAGUACGCCGUCCCGGCUCCGCGCCAGGCCCACCCCGUCUACGUCCAGGAGGAGCGGCCCGCCGCGAGCCGCGCGGAUCGCAUGUCUUACGCCGGCGGCCGCGACCUCGACCGCGAGCGCGAGCGCGAGCUCGAGCUCGAAGACGAAAUGCUGGCCCGCCGCCUGCAAUCCGAGUUCCUCGCUGAACCUGCUCGUAGCCGCGCGGGAGGCAGCAUCCAUCGCCGCCACCACCAUCGCCACCGCACCGCUCCCUCCCGCUACGACUCGCCCGAGAUCGAGGUCGAGGUCCUGGGCAUCGGCAACGCGGCCGGCCACCAUAUGAACGACUUCGGUCUCCCCGCUGCUCCGCGCCAGCAGCCAGCGCCGCAGCCGCCUCGGAGUACUACUGUCAGGCGCAGCGCCACUACGCGCAGCACCACACGCGGCACGCGCAGAGCAGCGGCGGCGGCAGCGGCAGCAGCAGACGCCACGCCGGUCACGGUGAUAACGGGUGACAAUAUGACGACGCAGUACCAGUACCAGUACGCCCGCCAGCAGCAGCGGCCCGCCGCCGCUGUCGAGGCGUCCGUCAUGGCGGGAUUGGGCGAUCCCGCGCGAAGCGGGAUGGGGAGGGUGGGUAUGUGGUUGAAUUAUGUGGAGAAUGAUCCGGCUGAGGUGGAGGGGAGGGCGCAGAGGGCGGGGGUGGUGGCGGCGUAUUGA